GACAGCCAGGGAGAGAUGCACCACCCCUUUUUUUCUCAGACCAAUUGCGGUUUAAUGGGGAGCUGCUUAGAGCAGUUGCAGGAGCAUCUGUUCCAGUCACUGGGCAUACUGCAGGUGACUGCACGUGUGUGUGUGUGUGUGUGUGUGUGUGUGUGUGUGUGUGUGUAGGUUUGUCCCAGUCACACUAGCUCACCACUGCUCAGCAACACACACACACACAGAAAGCACACUGUCAUGCACCCUGCUCCUGAGAAAGAGAAUGAAUGAGCGAGUGUAGAUUUUUGUCAGCCCCGGGCAGUCUAUACGGCCACUCCCUCUCUCCGUUUCUCUCCACAACCAAGUGCUAACACAAGCCUUUCUCUCCUCCCUCUUUCUCUCUCCCUUUCUGUUGCUGCAUCCUAAAGCAAACCCCUUUCUCCUGCUCUGGGUGCACGCCAGAGCCCGGGACGCCACUGAGACGAGAAGUCAAUGACCGAGAGCGAGAGAGAGAGGGAGAGAGAGAGAGAGAAGGGAAAGAGGAAGAGAGACAGAGGUGGACUGGACAGGGCGAGGGGGGUGGUAGGAGAGGAGGCAUGUGGAGGACGAGUGUAAGCUGAAAUGAAAUGGGGGGAGCGCUCGGACGGAAAGACGGCAGAGAGUGGAAGGACAGACAGGCGCAUAAGGACAGCAAGAAGUCCAGAAUCAACAGUAAGGCUAACUUGAAGAAGUUUAUGGAGUAUGUUCAGCAGAGGAAUACUGAGAAGGUUUCAAAGUUUCUGGAGAAAGGCCUCGACCCAAAUUUCCAUGACCCUGAGACUGGGGAGUGUCCAUUAACGAUGGCGGCUCAGUUAGAAGGCUGUGCAGAGCUCAUUAAGUUGCUGAAAGGUGGAGGAGCUCACCUGGACUUCAGAACCAGAGAUGGCAUCACUGCUCUCCACAAAGCUGUGCGCACAAAAAACCACACAGCUCUGAUAACACUGCUGGACCUGGGUGCAAGUCCGGACUAUAAAGACAGUCGGGGUUUGACUCCAUUGUACCACAGCUCCAUGGUAGGAGGCGACCCCUACUGCUGUGAGCUGCUCCUGCAUGACCACGCUCAGGUGGGCUGCGUGGAUGAAAACGGCUGGCAGGAGAUCCACCAGGCCUGUCGUCAUGGCCACGUGCAACAUCUGGAGCACCUUCUCUUCUACGGAGCUGACAUGAGUGCGCAGAAUGCUUCUGGAAACACUGCCCUACACAUCUGUGCCCUCUACAACCAGGAUAGCUGUGCGCGUGUUUUGCUGUUCAGAGGAGCGAAUAAAGAGAUAAAGAACUACAACAGCCAAACUGCCUUCCAGGUGGCUAUUAUAGCUGGAAAUUUUGACCUGGCAGAAAUAAUAAAAGUUCACAAAGCAUCAGACGUUGUGCCUUUCAGGGAAACGCCUUCCUACACAAACCGCCGGCGCGUGACAGUAGGAGGUGGCACUCUGACCUCAUCACGCUCCCUGCUUCGUUCCGCCUCCGACAACAACCUGAAUGGGGCUGAAACAGGUACUGCCCAUUCUCCCGUGCCCUCUCUGCGCAGUCUUCCCCCUCUGGCACCCCCUGGAGGGGAGGCGGCAGCCGACGGUAGCCUGCAGAGCACCGGCAGCUCCCGCUCCUCCCAUUCACGCUCACCUUCUCUACACCGUGUCAGCGAGGAACCUGACACACACGUCCUGCGCAGACACCCCACAUACACACACGGGCGUGGUCGCCUCAGGUGAGCGCCUCAUCUCUACAUGCUACAGUAUUCAAAUAAAU